ACAAAUCUAUUACAUUUAUUGAGCAUUAUACACCAGAUAUUACCACCAUGAUAAGCAGUGAGGGUGCUGUGCAACAACUCAUAGAGUCAAAUGAACAGGUGUUAGUGUUACACUUCACUGCGACCUGGUCGGAGCCCUGUAAGACUGUUGCUGCUUCUCUGGGUGUUCUGACCCAGAAGUACCCUGGACUCACUGUUCAUCAGGUUGAUACAGAGAAGGUAUCGAAGUUUAGUGAAACGAACAACAUUGACUCAGUUCCGACUUGCCUGUUUUACCUCCAGAAAGAGCUCAAGGAGACGGUAGCUGGAUUAAACGUACCACGUGUUGCUAAAACAGUUGAUAAACUGAUUACUGAUUGUGGUAGUAUAGCCCCCGCUGAAGCUCUAAUCGAGGAUCUGAACUCACGGUUAAAGCGAUUAACGCAGAUGGCAAAAUGUGUGGCGUUCAUUAAAGGCAGUCCACAGGCACCUAGAUGUAAGUUUACCAGAGCUCUUAUGGAGCUCUUCUCCACGUUGGAGGUUGAGUUUUCCUACUUUGAUAUCCUUUCUGACAACGACGUUAGAGAGGGACUCAAAACUUUUGGGGAGUGGCCGACUUACCCGCAGGUGUGGUUAGACGGAGAGUUAUGCGGAGGACUGGACAUUAUAAAGGAGAUGCACGAAAACGGGGAGCUUGUCACGACGCUACCUGUCAAACAGUCUCUUAACACUAGACUCAAAAACCUCAUCAGCUCUCACAAGGUCAUGCUGUUCAUGAAAGGUGAUCCUACAGAGCCGAGAUGUGGUUUCAGUAAAACUACUGUUGGCAUCCUGGCUGAGUAUAAUGUGGACUACAAAACAUUCGAUAUUCUUACUGAUAAUGAGGUGCGGCAAGGUUUAAAGGAGUACUCGGAGUGGCCGACUUAUCCUCAGUUAUAUGUAGACGGUGAACUUCUGGGGGGUUUGGACAUUAUCAGAGAAAUGCACGAGUCAGGUGACCUCAGUGACUCUCUGAAGUGAAAUAUCUUGAGGGAAAUAUCUUGAGUGAAAUAUCUUGAGUGAAAUAUCUGAAGUUAAAUAGUUUGGUGCUAUGUGAACUCAUAGCUUGAUUGUUCUUACGUUCUUAUUAUGAUGGUCAUGAUUCAUGAUAUGAUCGAAAUAUUGAAAUUGAUUUUCUGAAAGUCUUACCCAAAGUUUUGUUUCGAAAUAUUUGCCGGAAAAUGUCCAAAUAUAUAAUUGUCCAAAUAAUUUAAUUUAUUUACUUCUAUGAAAGUUAGUUUAAA